AUGCAGUCGCCUUCUGCUGCGUCCUACAAGAUUCAGUCGGAGAUCAUUUCUGUUCUUCCGAUUCACUCUGGCCUGUCUCCAGUGUUGCUGACACGGGCCCGAUUACUGGCUUCCGAACACACCAAAUUAACAGAUCAACUGGCCGGAUCAUUCGACGCUAAAGUCGCAAAGCGCGCGGGAGAACUAGCCUCGGUUACCUCUGUACUACGAGAAUGGGACAAUGCAAACGAGUCAGUAGCUGAAUUGAGAUCUAUGUUGGAGGACCAGCAGACGGAUGAGGAAUUACGGUGUCUUGCGGCGGAAGACCUCGAAUCGACUAAAGAUGCCCUACCGACAAUAUCAGACCGUUUGAAGAAAUCGUUGAUCCCCCGACAUCCAUUUGCGGACCUGCCAUGUUUAAUCGAAAUUCGACCGGGCGCUGGAGGUGACGAGGCGGGUUUGUUUGCAUAUGAGAUGCUCCGCAUGUACAUGUCUUUCUGUUCACGGCGGGGGCUACGAGCCAUGAUUUUGAAACAGGACGUGGAAGAUGGGCCAUCGGAGGAUCGUCUCAGUGAGGGCGUUAUUGAAAUUGAAGCGGAAGGUGCAUAUGAUAUCUUGCGAACCGAGUCCGGAGUUCACCGUGUACAAAGAGUGCCAGCUACCGAAACCAAAGGCCGGACUCACACCAGUGCCGUUAGUGUGAUGGUUUUACCAAGCUUCCCCGAGAGUGGAAGUAGCAUGGACAGCGCUUUGAAUUUUGAAGACCCCUCGAGUGAUUACUACAUUGAUCCCCAGGAAGUUCGCGUGGAGAAAAUGCGAGCUGGAGGUGCAGGUGGUCAACAUGUGAACAAAACCGAAUCUGCAAUUCGCCUGACCCAUACUCCCACGGGUACCGUGGUCUCUAUGCAGGAUGAGCGAUCUCAACAAGCAAAUCGUCGGAAGGCCUGGCAAAUCUUACGUGCCAAAAUUGCCGAGGCCCGCCAAGAAGCUCGAGAACAGGAACUGGUUGCGCUUCGCCGGGGCGUUAUGGGUGGAGUGGCUCGGAUGGGGCGAGGUGAUAAGAUCCGGACAUACAAUUUUGGACAAAGUCGCUGCACAGAUCAUCGUAGCGGAACAACGAUCCAUAACCUGGAUGCUGUUUUAGAUGGGGGCGAUGGCCUAGAGACGAUCAUGGACAAUGUGCGGACGUGGAUGGCGGACCGCGAAGUCGAAACAAUGCUGGCGGAGGAAUUGGUGAAGGGUAAGCAGAAGGAGAAACAGUAG